AUGCGCUCGGCUUCUAUAGCCGUACUAUGCGCCGUCGGCAUUGGAUUAUGUUUGGCGGUGCCCAUCGAGCAGGAGGUGACCCCAGUGAUCCUGUUGGCCAUGAAACGAGCCGUUGUUGAGAUGGCCGAGCUCGACGAUGAGCCCGAGCUGAGCGAGCACGAUAUGGGCAAGAGGACGAUGGCCCUCGGCCGGAUGGGGUUCAGGCCCGGAAAGCGGAGCCUCGCCCUUGGCCGUGCUUCGUUCAGGCCGGGAAAGCGUUCGCGGAGUCUCGCCCUUGGACGAGCUUCGUUCCGGCCCGGAAAGCGGAGUCUUGCCCUUGGCCGUGGACACUUCCGGCCCGGAAAGCGCUCGUAUGAGUUCACACCCGAGGACAUCGGCAUGAACAUCAUCUACUCC